AUGUAUUGUUGGUCCAGAAUGUCUCACUCUCAGGCUGAAAGUGUCAUAAAGAAUAUAAUUCGUGAAAUAGGACAAGAAUGUGCUAUGAAAGGGCAAACUGUGUCUGAAACCUUGGUGGCUUUCAUGGUGAAAGCUGUCGUUUUGGAUCCAAGGAAUGAGUUUAACGUGGAUCGAACUCUCACAAAAAAUGAUGUGCAAAAACUUAUUAAGCUCUGUGUUAGUAGACUUCUUGACACAGCAAAUCCAUCCCUGGACACUAUUAAGAUGCAAGUUUACUUUGAUAUGAAUUAUACAAACCGAGUUGAGUUACUUAAUGAGCAGCAUCGCAUUCUAGAGGCCAGGCUGGCCCCUGUGAGCAGAGAAAUCACAGAUAAUCGUGCUCGUACACGAGAAGAGCUGGAGAGCAUUUACCGAAAGAUUGUUAGCUAUGUUCUGCUACGCUCUGGCCUCGGAUCCCCUACAGACAUCAAGGUUGUUAGGGAGGCAACAGCUGCCCUGCAGAGUGUGUUUCCCCAGACAGAGCUGGGUGUUUUUCUCUCUCUCAGUAAGAAGGACAAAGAGCGACAACUGAAAGAACUUACCAUGAUUGUCACAGGAAUUCGGUUAUUCAACAAGGACUGUGGGAAAGGAGGAGAAGGCAUUGAUGACUUACCAGCUAUUCUGAAUGAAGCCAUUCCAGCAGCCACGCAGCCUAUUGAUGCAGAGCUUCGUGCCUCCCAAGAUCUGGCAUACCGCUACACAGCUGUCUUGGAAAUGAUGUGUGAGAGCCCACACAGAAAUAUAGAAGCUAGAUUAUCUAUGUUAAAGGAAGCACUGUUCAAUGUGAGACAACAUGAAGCCUUCCUCUGCAUCAUUCUGUCUGAUGUGAUCACGUGUGCACAAGAAGUUGAAAUGAUGGACAAGCAGUUUGCAGCACAAAUAGAGCAAUUAAAAAACACUGUUCAAGCAAAGACUGCUGUACCUACAUCACAAGUUUUUCCUAUCUUUCUAGCACUAUCUAACCUCUGGACGAGCUUUCAGGAUGAGAUAUUGCUGCUGAGUUUCCUGACUAAUUUGACAGUCAGUCUACAGCAGUUCUUGGGAAUCCAUGCACAACUCUUUCCUGAUGAUGUGAUGGAGUCGCUUCUCGAAGGAGUGACUGUGAAAAGUGAUGAGCAAAGGAUAAAGGAAACCAUAGGAAUAAAAGUAAAUAUUUCUGAUUUCAAGGAACAAGAGUGGCUUUUUCCAGAAACCACGGCUAAUUUUGAUCAGUUGUUAAUCCAGUACCGUGGAUUUUGUGCUCACACACUUGCUGAAAAAGAUGGCCUCCUCCUCCCAGGAAAUCCUGCUAUUGGAAUUUUGAAACAUAAGGAGAAGUAUUACACUUUCAGUUCCAAGGAAUCAGCAUAUGUUUUUUCCAAAACCCCAGAUAUAUUCAUUCAGUUGAUUGGAGAAAAAGCAAAAGAAUGUGCUGAACUUAUUCAGCUGCUUGAGCUUCAUCAUCAGUUUGAAUCCCUUGCUCCUUAUUCACAGGUCAGAAGUGGAGACAAACGUUCAAUGAAACCAAUUACCAAAUGCAACAGCAGUACUCAGACUGACACCCAUAUAUUGCCUCCAACUAUUGUGAAGUCCUAUGAGUGGAAUGAAUGGGAACUGAGGAGAAAAGCCAUAAAAUUGGCUAAUUUGCGUAGGAAAUUAACUCACUCAGUGCAGACUAAUCUCAGUCAUUUGAGAAGAGAUAACUCCACCCAAGUGUAUCUGCUAAAGGAUUUUGGCACACAGACUAAACUUGACAACUCUAGCAACGUACCCAGGCCACAGAUUUUCCUGGCAGGUCUCCGAGGAGGAUCAACCCCAGCUACUUGUAUGGUCAAAGUGAACUUAACCAGAGCAGUUGAUGAAACCUAAAUGAAGUUUAAAAGGAGACAUACUGAAGUAUAGUACAUGUUUUAAAAAAAAUCCAAAUAGAUUUCUGAAGUAAUGUAUAGUAAACUGAAUUCUAUGUCCAUUGAUUCAAAGAGUUGUUGUUACACUCCAUGGUUUCUGUUAGGAACAGCUAAAUGGCAUUAAGUGAUAGUGAUUAUAA